CCCGCGCAGGGAGGGCGACAGCAGCGGCCGGAGCUGCGCGGCCGCGCGGCGGGAGCGCAGCGCAGCGCCCCUACCCCGGUUUGCUCGCUUCCCGCGCGGGUGCUGAGGCGACUGGCUUCCCGGGGCGGAGGUCGUCGCUCAGCCGUUGAUUGCCGGCGGCUCCGGGCCACCUGUGAGUUUUCCGCCUGGUGGGUGCUGUUAUUGCUUACCUGGCAGAUGUUCCCAGACUGAGAAUGGCAUGGUGUGGAGGUCACUGCAGUAAAAGUGUUUAAUCCCCCUUUCUUUGAUCCAGGUUUGCCUCUCAAGCUGCUUUUGACUACUCUGGAUAGUAGCAACACAUUGAAUCUGACAUGAUUCUUCCCAGUUGUACUGCUGCAGAUGGAAUUCUGAGUACAAGGAAUGAAAAUUGAUAGGACUUGUCGGUGUUCCUUCUGCCAUAGCCUGGCAACUCUCUGAGCAGCAGCAGAGGAGACCUGCAAACGAAAAAGAAAUAGAAGCCAUUAACCUACCUUGUUCAGGGGGAACACUAAAUCAGCACAACAUGGCACAGCAUAGUAUUGUCCUUGGAUUAUUCAUGAUGACUCUUUUAUCACUGUUGGAUGGAAGUUCAGCUUUCCUGUUAAAUCAACGUCUGAAGGGAAGAUUUCAAAGAGACCGUAGAAACAUCCGCCCAAACAUCAUCCUUGUUCUUACUGAUGAUCAGGAUGUAGAACUUGGUUCUAUGCAAGUGAUGAAUAAAACAAGGCGGAUCAUGGAACAUGGAGGUGCUCAUUUCAUCAAUGCAUUUGUGACAACACCCAUGUGCUGCCCGUCUCGCUCCUCUAUUCUUACGGGGAAGUACGUCCACAACCACAACACUUACACUAACAAUGAGAACUGUUCUUCUCCAUCCUGGCAGGCUCAGCAUGAAAUACGUACGUUUGCAGUGUACCUCAACAACACAGGAUACAGGACAGCUUUCUUUGGAAAGUACCUUAAUGAAUACAAUGGCUCCUACGUGCCUCCUGGUUGGAAAGAAUGGGUUGGAUUACUUAAAAACUCUCGAUUUUACAACUACACGCUCUGUAGAAAUGGAGUGAAGGAGAAGCAUGGAUAUGACUACUCCAGGGAUUAUCUAACUGAUCUGAUUACCAAUGACAGUAUUACCUUCUUCAGAAUCUCAAAGAAGAUGUAUCCUCACAGGCCUGUACUUAUGGUUAUAAGCCAUGCUGCUCCUCACGGCCCUGAAGAUUCAGCCCCUCAGUACUCACAUCUCUUUCCUAAUGCCUCACAACACAUCACGCCCAGUUAUAACUAUGCUCCAAACCCAGACAAGCACUGGAUAAUGAGGUAUACAGGUCCCAUGAAACCUAUACACAUGGAGUUCACCAACAUGCUACAGAGGAAGCGCCUUCAAACACUCAUGUCUGUGGAUGACUCCAUGGAGAUGAUUUACAAUACAUUGGUUGAAACAGGUGAACUGGACAAUACAUAUAUAAUAUACACAGCAGACCAUGGUUAUCAUAUUGGACAGUUUGGGUUGGUAAAAGGAAAGUCCAUGCCAUAUGAGUUUGAUAUCAGAGUUCCUUUCUAUGUCCGAGGUCCAAAUGUGGAGGCUGGAUCCUUGAAUCCUCACAUUGUGUUGAAUAUUGAUCUUGCACCUACAAUUCUAGAUAUUGCUGGAUUGGAUAUUCCAUCUGAUAUGGAUGGUAAAUCCAUUCUGAAGCUUCUGGAUUCUGAGAGACCAGUGAAUAGGUUCCAUUUAAAGAAAAAGAUGAAGGUGUGGAGAGACUCAUUCCUAGUGGAAAGAGGUAAACUGCUGCAUAAGAGGGAGAAUGAGAAGGUAGAUGCCCAAGAAGAAAACUUUCUACCUAAAUACCAGCGUGUGAAAGACCUCUGCCAGCGAGCUGAGUAUCAAACAGCUUGUGAACAGCUUGGCCAGAAAUGGCAGUGUGUGGAAGAUGCCAGUGGAAAGCUCAAGCUACACAAGUGCAAGGGAAUGGCGAACUUGGCAGCUGCAGGCAACAGCAAAGGCACCUCCAAUAUUUUGCCCAAGUAUUACAACAGGAAUAGUGAAGACUGCAAUUGUGAGGAGAACGAAUACAAGCUGAGCCAUGUCGGACGGAGAAAGAAACUCUUCUCCAAGAAAAAAUACAAACCAAGCUAUGUCCGGAAUCGCUCUAUCCGUUCUGUGUCUGUUGAGCUAGAUGGAGCCAUUUAUAACUUGGGUUUAGAGGAUGGCUACCAGCCUGUCUUACCAAGAAACAUCACCAAGCGACACAAGAUGCAGAGGGCUAUUUUUCGUGAGGAGGAGGAUAAAGACAUGGGGGAAUUCAGCGGCACCGGUGGCAUUGCAGAGUACACAGCCCCUAACCUAAUAAAAGUGACUCACAGGUGCUAUAUCCUGGAGAAUGAUACCGUCCAGUGUGACACAGAUCUGUACAGGUCACUGCAAGCUUGGAAGGACCAUAAACUUCAUAUUGACCAUGAGAUUGAAACUUUGCAAAAUAAAAUAAAAAACCUGAGGGAGGUGAGAGGUCAUCUGAAGAAGAAGCGACCUGAAGAGUGUGAUUGUAAUAAGAUAAGUUACCAUUCAAAACACAAAAGCAAACUGAGGCACAAGGGAUCUGGUCUUCAUCCUUUCAAGAAAGCCCUACAGGAGAAAGACAGGCUGUGGCUGCUCAGAGAGCAAAGACGAAAGAAGAAACUGCGCAAACUGCUGAAGAGAAUAAAAAAUAACGACACGUGCAGCAUGCCUGGUCUGACCUGCUUCACCCAUGACAACCAACACUGGCAAACUGCUCCCCUGUGGACACUGGGCCCAUUCUGUGCCUGCACCAGUGCCAACAACAACACAUACUGGUGUUUGAGGACAAUCAAUGAGACCCACAACUUCCUGUUUUGUGAAUUUGCUACUGGAUUUCUGGAGUAUUUUGAUCUCAAUACCGAUCCAUAUCAGCUAAUUAAUGCAGUGAAUACGCUAGAUAGAGAUGUUCUCAAUCAACUGCAUGUCCAGCUCAUGGAAUUAAGAAGCUGCAAAGGGUAUAAACAAUGCAAUCCAAGAACUAGGAACAUGGAUCUGGGACUUAAAGAUGGAAGCUACGAGCAGUACAGGCAGUUUCAGCGUCGAAAGUGGCCAGAUGUGAAGAGACCAUCAUCUGCUAAGUCACUAGGACAACUGUGGGAAGGAUGGGAGGGCUAACCUCCCCCAACCGCUGCACCUCCAUGAGGAUACAAACUGGCCAGAACUUGAAUCCAUGUACAGACUAAAUGAAAACAUGUAUGACUUCAGAAAGAAUUCUAAUGUUAGCCUGGAGGACUGGAUAAACUUUGAGGCUGAAAUAGAUAGAAUGUUUGCACUGGUGAGCGGAUUAAAUAGAUGCAGUGAAAUUAUGGGAAAUGCUGUCAGAAAUACAGGUCUCUGAAAUCCACUAUUGUACCUGCUUUUUUGCUUUGGAUUAUACCUCACCUGCUUCACAAUGCGUUUUACUUCAAGACGACACUACUAACACGGAUCCAGGAAUUGACAGAAGACAAAACAGCUGCAUCCCAAAGAGGAUUGCGAUCCCGGGGGCAAAGUGUCCACAAAGACAGCAAAAGUAAACUUAAAACACUUUUCACUUCAACUGUAUCUUCAGAUGUCAUGAGAAAAAUCUUCAAAGCCAAGUGUAACUCUAAAGCAAGAUUUAGAAAUCAUGGACACUUUGGCUUCUAACUGGAGUAAAGGUAAUGGUGGAAAAGAACUUUUAAGAGUUUCAGGAAUUGAAGUGAACAGCAUUGAAUAUUCUCAACACCAUGCUAUUUCUCAAAUUUCCUCUGAGGAUAUGUUUUAGUUCCAUCUCUACUUGUCCAUCCUAUUGACACCUCUAGGAAAAUUAGAGAAAACCUUGACUAACAGGAUGCCAGAUUCCUGGAGGAGUUGUGUAAAUACUGAUCAAUAUACUGUUUGAAAAUAAAUUCCUUCAGGUUGUGAAGAAUUUUGUUAAUAAAAAGAGUGGAAUGCCCACACACCAUUUCUCAAAAUGUUACUUCAUGUUGCAUAGUACAUUUCAGAAUUUAUCCAUUUUUAAAAGUACUGAAAAAUUUCAGUAAAUGUACAUCUUAAAUUUUAAUGAAAUCAGAUUUGUAUGAAGUUUUUUUAUGUGGUAAUAUUAUAUUGUAUGUUGAAAACCAAAACAAUUCCUUUGAGAAAGCAGCAUUUGCUUAGUAGUGUAACUUUUACAUUUAUUUUAAAAAAAAGGCAGCUCCAAGAAGUUCAAUACUUGUAGCCAAUAAAGAAUACUCUAGUUAUAAGUGCAGUCUACAAAAAAGUAGAUGUUCUGGAUGACAGUUACUGUUUAAAGGCUUUUAAAGGGAAAACCCCAUCAUUUUACUAAGGAAGCACAGUGUACAGUGUCGAUUUGAGUAUUUUCAUAAAGACGUUAUUAAAUACAAUGUAGUACAGGCACUAGCGGCGAUCUUUGUAUUUAUAGGUUUUUUCAUGUUAAUCUGCUACCUGGUUUAAAGGCACAUGCAGGAGGGAGCUCAUGUGACAGACUCGACCAACUGUGGCCUUCACUCUUAACAAAGAGGUACUUUGCUUUUUUUUUUUUUUCCCAAAUACAAACUUAACUUGCACUUCUAGAAACACAGUGUAAAAAUACACCUUGGGAAUUAUUUUGAUUACUUUCCUGGUUUUGCACAUUAGGAAAUUCAAGUGGAAUUACUUCAUGAGGGGUAGAGAUCUCUGGUACCACACCUCCAUACUCAAAAAAUAUACUUGAAUUUAGAAAAUGAGAAAAAAGCCCUCUCAAAAAGUGGCAGCGGGGUCUUUCAUUGUACAUGCUCUGUAGUAAAACUAGGCUUGAGCCUGUAGUUAUAUCACACAGGAGUAAGUCAAAUACACUUCCCAAAAUUUUCUUGCAAGUUUCUUUUUUUUAGUUAUGGAAGUAAUAUAUGAUUAUCUGUUAAUCUAGACAUAGAUUUUGUUUAUAAUCUGUUACAGAGUUCAUGGACUGUUAAAGAAACAUCUGCUAGCUAAUGAGAUCCUGCAUCAAUAGAAAUAAGUAAAAAUACUGAAUUUAAACUCACCAAUAGAAACAGAUUUUUGCUGCUUUCCAGAGCAAAGUGUUAGCUGUCUACCAUUCCCAGUAAGUACACAGAAAGAAUACUAAGUUAGAUUAAAAAAAAUUUGCACUUACCUUUUUUUGUGGUCAGCCUAUAAUCUUUGAUGAGGGCGGGACUAUCACGACCCAGCAUGGCCAGCGUUACCGUGCCUGUUGCGUAUCAGCCAGAGGCUUGAAAAGGUACCAUGUCCCUUUAGACCAAACCCUGAGUGGUGGGACGCGAUAUGACACAAGCAGCAGCAGUUACUUUAUGAAAGGUAGGAUGUUGCAAAGUUAUGGGGAAAGCUACCACCUCUUCUCCUUUCAGCUCUGCUAAAGACUGCUGUUUAAGUUGAAAAAGACAUUAAUUCCAACUUUAGUUGCUAAAUGGGCCUCACAGGUGGAAGGUCAAAGUUGUUACUCCCUUAGCUUUUAUGGCCAACUGGGAAAAAAUGUAAAACAUUUACUAUACAUAGCUUUCCUCAGUAAUAGCACCAGAUUUCCUGUGACCUUUCCAAGAUACAGUUAUCAGCCUUAAAGUAUUAGACAGCUACUACACCGUGUCACCAAGUUCUGAUUUUAAAUAGAAACCUUUAUUUACAUUAUUAUUAACAUCCAAACACAAAAAUCAAAAGAGCAGUAAUACCUUACAACCAACUCUUUUAUAAAUCAGUCCCCAUGAUUUUUCUGUUUUGCAACAUAGAUACAGAUAUUUCAAGCAAUACUUAAUGUAAACUAAACUUAAAUGCAAUUCUCAAUACUGUAUGCCUUCUCCUGAGAAUUUUUUAAAAUAUUGCUCUCACAAUUACAUGGUUUCACACUCGCUGUAUCAUUCUGUCAUCUGGUAGUCUGCACAUAAAUUCUAAAAUAAAAUGUGUGCUAAUUGGUACAACAUUCAAAUAGUUUUGUCUUAUGACUGAAAAUGGUCCUGAUUUUCUAACUUUAAAAGCAGUAUUUUAGGCGAAGAUUGGAAAAAAAUACUACAUAUGAAUUUCAUAAAAACAUGGUUUCUGUGAUCAAAAGAGUAACAAAGACAUGUAGCAAAACAACGCUCAUUACACAGCAGGGAUCAGAGGUGGCUGUACUAGCUAAUGGUUCUCUUCCUGUUGAAAAGUGUUACACAGGUUGUUUUUUUAAAACAUUCAGAAAAAUCUGCUGCUCUAAAACCAAAACAGAACUAACUGGUCGAGAUAUUAAAGUCAACAGAUUUCAAGGUCAGUUUUAUUUCCUGCAGUAGGUAAGAUCUUCAAACUAGAUGCAGUAUUUAGGAUCAGUGCUGCCAAGAAAGAUGUUAUCAAUGCCUUUUAAAAAUGCCCCCCUCCCCCCUUAAUCAAGUUUAAACUAAAAAUCUUUGGAUUCAGCAAAAAAGUAGGUACUGGAAAGCUCCAGCAUUCUAAACAGAUGGGAAAAAGGAUGAUCCUUUACAACAUCAGUCAGGUACCUGUUAUACAUAGAUAGAUGUAUAAAUAGAAUCACUCAUUAAAAAAAAAAUUAAAAGGGAAUGAUGUAUAAAGUUAUAUAUAGUCUAAUAGCUCACCUAAUGAAAGCAAUCAGGGUUUGUAGUUUCCAUCAAUAUAAUGAACAACUACAAAAUAUAAAGAUUGUUCUACUCGGAUUUGAUAUAAAAAGCAAGGGAUUGUUGCCUUUCAACGUCAGUAGGCAGCACUUAACAAAUAGAUAUGUUCUAGGAAAUAAAAAAAGAUAAAAGUUCCUUAGGCUUUUAAAAGUUUUGCAUUAAAAAACACACAUGAAUUGGACUGAAGGUUUCAAAUAAAUACUACCACCUAAUAUAUAUAUAGUCAAUACUAAUUGCAGAGACAGGGUUGCAUAAAGCAGAUCGAUUGAAUCUACAUUCCCUUUGGAACACAACUGGCUGUAUGCUGAGGAUGAGCGUUUUGAGAAUAUUUCUAGUUAAAGUUAUUUCUAUUAAAAUGGAAGAUCACUGACUAUUCUGGACAAUAAAACCACCUCUUGCUUACAGUACACCAAGAAGAAGCAAUCAAGAACACAGAUAUUUGUUUUUUACUCACUUGGGAGAAGUCAGUUUUCCAUUACACAGUGAACAACAGAACAAAAGCACCACACAUCUUAAACAUUUCUGGGUCAUCCUGUAGAGAAGUUUAGACGUUCGACUCAUCAUAACUGCCUGAAACUGGAAAAACUGCAAAGGGAUCUUCAUUUCAAGGAACCAAAAUAGAGGCAAGGGGAACCCAUCAGCGAAUAAUAUCAAUAAAUUUGUAACCAGACUUAAAUACUGAUAUGAGAGAAACCUGCUUAGAAAAUACAUUCAUUACUAUUAGAACAAUCCAAGGAGGUGCAGACAUUUGGUUAAAGUGUGGCUUAAUAUCCUUAAAGGUUUCUGGAUGUCAUGUAACAACAAAUAUUUUGCAACAGACAAACUUUUUUGAAGAACAUUUAGAGUUCGUGAAAAUUGACCAAAAAAGACACAAUCCAGAUUUAUCAACUGAAAGGCAACGUAUUGUAGAAAGACAUGACCAUCAUGACAAGUCAUAACACCUUACAAUGCAGAGCCUUUUUGUCAAAUUGCUUUAUGUAAAAAGAAAGGUAACAAAGUGCUCACAGGUGGAGAAAGCAUUUAACAACUGGUCUUUUAUAAAAAGCUAUAUGUUAAAGAUGUAAAAAUAAAUGAAGUGUUGAAGACCAAAAAACAGAAAGAUGUGGGCCAAAGUCACCCAGCUUCAAAGUCAUUAAAUUUAACUAAAAAAAAAAAAAAAAAAAAAA